AUGAAAAUUAAAUUAAUUUUAGUUUUAAUUGUUUUUUUAACAAUAGUAAAUGUUAACAAUAGUAUUGAUUUAUGUUUAUCAAAUCCAAAGAAAGCAUUAGUUAAUCAAGCAUGCAAAUAUUCAACAGAUUGUGAAUAUCCAUUAUUUUGUGGUAGUGGUAAUGGGUAUGGUAAAAAUGCGACAUGUUCUAAAAACAUUGAAACUGGUGGUAGUUGUGAAUCAAAUAAUCAAUGCACACCGUGUAAUGUUUGUUUUAAUGCAAAAUGUAAAGUCAAGCUUUAUCUUGGUGAUGCUUGCGAUGAAAAUAAGAGCUAUUGUUCAAGUUCAGUUUGUAUAAAAGGUAAAUGCUCGAUUCAAGGUGAUGUUUGCACUGCCAAUAAUCAAUGUAAAUUCAAUAACUACUGCAAAUCUGGUAAAUGCGUUCCAUUAGAGAAAGAAGGUUCAUCAUGUGAUAAAGACUCAAGUUGUUCAUUAACCAAUGCUUGUGUCGGUGGUAAAUGUGUCACAAAGUAUCAAAAACCAUUAGGUGCUGUUUGUAACUCGUCAAAUGAAUGUCAAGUAUUCUCUGGCCACGUUUGUGGUGCCAAUGGUAAGUGUUCAGUUUAUAAUCAACUAUUAUCAAAAUGUAAAGAAAACUCUGAUUGUGGUCCCAAUGGUAUGUGUAUGUGCAAGAGUGAAACUGAAAAUGUUUGUGUUGAUUUAUCAGUGGGUGCUCUUAAAAAUGAUAAAUGUCCAUCACUACUCUCCUCUUUCUCCUCUUGUAUGACUCGUGAACGUUGUACUGAGAAUACUCCAACCGGUUGCCCAAAAUGUUAUCCAAUUUUCAUGUGUUAUCAAUAUUCAUGUUUCUAUAUGAACCAAUUCAUUAGAUCAACCCAAAAUUAUUAUAAAUCAUUUUGUUCUUAA